CGCAGCAGUGGCGACACGGAAAUAAACAGCGUUGUGGUGGCAAAACAGAUUGCACAACACAGAAUCAGUAUUUUACUACGCCACAGCACAAGUUUGGGAGAAUCCAGAGCCUCCUAGACCUCAGCUGGGGCAUUAUCGUUGGUUUCCUUCAGUAUCGAUCGGCUGAGGCCUCGCUCAGCUGACUUCCUAGACGGUCUGCUCGGCGAUCGCUGCGGCAGGAGCUGGGGGUACACCCGAGCAGACAGCGACAGCGGCACGGCAUGCGACUGCAGGUCCGUUAGCCAAAACGGGCGCCAAAUCCAAGACCAUGACUAUGGACGAGUUCCAUCCCUUCAUUGAGGCGUUACUGCCUCACGUCAAAUCGUUUGCGUACACCUGGUUCAACCUCCAGGCCCGCAAACGCAAGUACUACAAGAAGCACGAGAAGAGGAUGACCCCCGAGGAGGAGCGUCAAGUCAAGGAGGAACUUCUCAGCGAGAAGCCGGAGGUGAAGCAGAAGUGGGCCUCGCGGCUCCUGGCCAAGCUGCGGAAGGACAUCCGCCCAGAGUACCGCGAGGACUUUGUGUUGAGCGUGACGGGGAAGAAGCCGCCGAGCUGCGUCAUGUCCAACCCCGACCAGAAGGGCAAGAUGCGGAGGAUCGACUGCCUGCGCCAGGCCGACAAGGUGUGGCGGCUGGACCUGGUCAUGGUCAUCCUGUUCAAGGGCAUCCCGCUGGAGAGCACGGACGGCGAGCGGCUGGUCAAGUCGGCCAACUGCACGCACCCCGCCAUCUGCGUCCAGCCACACCACAUCAGCAUAUCGGUGCGGGAGCUGGACCUGUUUGUGGCCGGCUACAUGCAGCAGCACGAGAACACUGGCAGUGAUUCUGGGGACAGCAUGUCAGUUUCCAGUGACCCCGACAUAAAAGACCCAGCGCGGUGGAUUCCUCCUGCGUCGGGUAUUUUAACCAGAACGGGAUUGGCCAGGGAGGGUCACUGCCAUUCAAACGGCGUCGAUCCCAGCCGAGCGAAAACUGCCUACAGCCAUCCCUGGGAACCGAACUCCCAGCAUCAGCGAGGCAAAUUUGUGGGAGCACCCAUUGUGCAGGGUGGUGGCGUGGGGAACUUGACAAUCGGAGAUCUGGAGAGUCCGACCUACUACAGCAUGCCUCCCGAGCAGCCCAUGUCCGCAGGUAUGGCCAUUCGUCGCAGCCUUCAGACUCGCCCCCCGCAGCAUCAAGCCGUACCCAAACGAAACGCUGGCUCUCUCUCGUCCGUGGACGACGACGCUGAUAGCAUUGGAGAGGCGGACGGGGACGUCAGCUUCUACGGUCGGUCGCCGGCUUCGCUCGGCAGUCAGUCCUCUAGCUGGCAGAGCGAUAUUGAACCAGGUACCAGCCCUGCCCUGCCCUCCCCGAACGUCAUCCACUCCAAGCCAAAGCCGUCCGACAAGCCCGGCAACUUCGGCUCUCCUGCUAGCACAGGUGGGGCUCCCACGACAACCGCAACCACGCCCGCCGCCAUGCAUGCUCUCCCGCAUCGCGUUCUUUUGACUGGGCCCGGAGGUGCUGUGUACCCUACAGCUCUAGCCUUCAGCACAGCGGGGUCGUUCCAGCAGCCAGGGGGGUACUACCAGCACCCCCUCCGCUUCCACCACAACCCGGAGAGCAACACACUGGCAGACUUCGUCCAAGUCGUCUGCAACCAAGAGGCUCAGAACCAAGAGUCGUAUGCACACGGGACUCGGGAGACUUGGGUAAAGCUGGAACGUUCCGUCCCACAGGUCUGCAAGAACGAGAACAAGUUCAACCCCUCCAAGUGCAGCCCCGGACCCUUCAUUCCUGCGACCAUGCUGCCUCCACCCCCGCCACCACCCAUGGCGCGACCCGUUGCCCUGGUGACGUCAGGGGCCGGAUCCACGACAAGUGCCACGCCUUCUCCCACCACCUCCACCACCACGUCAAGUGCAGCCAGCGCACCCGGUUCCACCUGCCCCACCACCCCACCUGGCAACCGUGCCAUCAUGACCAGUCCCUUCGCUGCACUGGGCCGGCCGGAGACAGGCUUCAUCCACCCCCAGGCACAGCACCAGUUGCUGACAUACCCCAACAUCAGCCCCGUCAGUAUGACUGCCCUCAGCCCCAGUGUGCUGGCCUCGCCCAUGACCACACCCCGGACCACGCCCAGAUCCACGCCCAUCCCUCGCUGGACAGCCCCGUUGAUCUCACUGGAGGAGAAUGCAGACUACAACAUGAUGGCCGGGAUGGUACAACCUAUGAACCCUGAGGAAGGCAUGCUAAAUGAAGUCCCCGUCCACUCUUCUUCGUUGCAGAGCGCUUCUUCCCAAUGAUGCCCUCCGAGCCCAUGGAUACAACCACCAACAGCAGCACACAGACCAGCCCCACCAAGGAGGCUGCCGCAUGACCCUCUGUGUCCCGCUGCCGAAGGAAAGUAGUUCCUUGGGGCUGUCGUGGCCGGAUUGUGACAGCACAGCUUUGUACAAAAUAGGGGACAAUGAAGGUUUUCUGAGUAACCAAUAUGAUACGCUGGUAAGCCCUACCAAGCAGUGUCUGCAGAGGAGCUGGACCUUUUCUUUGAAAACAGCAACAACAAAAACAAAGAACGUUCCUUACUGAUCCUGAAACCUCUUUUAAUACCAACUGUGCAUGUUUUCCAAAAGUGCUGAAGAAAAUAUUUGUAGCUGUUUUAAGGAUUUAUACCUUUAGAUAAGGAAAAAUGAUAAUAAGCUCAUCUUGUGGUCUGCCCAACGGCAAGGUGUUAGUAAGACAUACACUUAGAUUACUUCUGCUUUGGACAUAGAACGUAGAACUUAAAGAAGUAGGGAAAGUACUUUGAGAUUUUGGGAAUGGAGUUGUGCCAACCCAAAGUCAUAACUAAGACUGCUCCUACCAUGUAGAUGCCUUUAACACAAGCGAACACAGCAGAAUACUAAUACAUGAUAAUCAGUAUCAAAAUAGGUCUAGCUAUAUUAUGAUAAGGUGUCAGUUGCCGACAUGGGUUGGACGAAGUUGGGCAAAUUUUAGAAGUUAAAGAAAUGGAUUUUAUAGCAGGCCAGAUGAUAAGCUUGAUUAAGUACUAAGAAGUUGAUUCAUGAUGAAGUUGAUUCAUUAUAUGACUAUAAAAUAAGAUUAUACACACAGCUGCAGAGAAAGGGCAUGCUUGCCAACAUAUAGAAUGAACAAAUAUUAACUCUUAACAUUUAUGUUUUCUUGGGAUUGAAUCAGAUGUACAAAUGUAGCUCUUGAGAGUCUCAAGAUCAAAAAGGCAGGAGGUUUUGUAGUCUCCACCAGUUUAAAUCUUUGAUAAGGUCUCUGGUUGGAGCAUGUUUUUCAGUGGUUAGAAUUUUCACAAUAUUGAAGAAUAGCUUGAUGGAUUUUAGGACUCAAGAAGUCAUUUUCAUUUUCUUCUGCAGAAUUUUCUUGAUAUAGGAAAAGAGAUAUUGGAAUAGUUUUACCUGGAGAGUUUUAGUGUUUAGCACGGACGUUCAAACCAAGUUUGAAUACUGUACAUUCUUGGGGUAGAGAUUCAGCAGGAACAAUUGUAAAAAUGAAAGAGUUUUGUUGUUGCGGAUCACAGAAAGUUUUUGCCAACCAGAGACGUAUUUGGUCAAUGUCAAGGUGCCACUGCCACUGUUGUAAUCCUCCAAAAUGUUCUGCCUUCUGUCGAAAAUUCUGAUUGGUUAGAAUGAGAUGAACU